CUGGAACCGGAGCCGCUCUCGGAGUUGACAACAACCGGUACAGUGGGAAAUUUGGGCAGGCGCUUAUCCAGAGGAAAUGGCUCCAGUGCUGCAUCUCUUGUGGGCUCUGCUGCUCCAUCUAACAGGUGUCCUGGCGGUUCCCGUCCUCAAUCAGUCCCCAAUUUCCGACCCAGUCUCCGCUGGUCAGACCGCCCGAUUACAGUGCGGGAUGCAGAACGGGAAUGUGGGGAGCUUUUAUGUGCGCUGGUACCGGCAGCGACCCGGUGAAGCUCCCGUCUGGGUGCUAUAUCAGAGCACAGAUGGGAGCGUCUCUCGAGGCACCGGAUUCACUGACCGUUUUCAACCUUCGAGAGACACCUCCAGGAACAAUUUCAUUUUGACUAUUGGAAGCCUGGAGUCCGGUGACUCCGCCGUCUAUUACUGUCAGGUCUGGGAUAGCUCAGCAGGCUUGCGGAUCUUCGGAGGUGGGACCACCUUGAAUGUUCGGAGUACUGAGGAUCGGAGCCCAUCCGUCCUUCUUCUCCCUCCUUCCUCGGAAGAGAUAGACUCGGGCUCGGCCACUCUGUCCUGCCUGGUGAGUGGCUUUAAGCCGGGCUUCGUGCGGGUCCUCUGGAGUGUGGAUGGCAAAGAGACAGACAGCGGAGUGAGGACAAGCGUCGUGUCCCCGGACAGCGAUCAAACCUACAGCCUGAGCAGUUACCUGAGAGUCCCAGCCACUGACUGGAAGAAGGGGUCCAGAUAUUCCUGCAGUGUCAGCCACGGCUCCCUGAACUCACCCCUUCUCAACACCAUCAGCUUCAGCGAUUGCUCACUCUGAGAGACUUUUGUUGGAGUUAGAGUUUCAUUUAUUCAUGUUUCAUGUAAUUCCGCAGAAGAUUCCAUGUGUGCAAAAUAUGCCUCUUUUUUACUGCAAUGUAGUGGCUGUGGCAAUGUCAGGUUUUGGCGAACAACCCGAAUGUUGAAUAAAAUCGGAAGCGAGUGAAAUGAGUGUCCAACUUUGUGACUGGAAAUAUUCUGUCGAAUUGUCCCCAGUAUCCUAUGUGUAAAUUCUCUCUUCUUGUAGAAUGGGGAUAAAUUUCCUCUUUAGACAACGACCAUGUACUGUUUGUGAACAGAAGCUCUGAAUAAACAUGAAAUACAGCCAU